CUCCCUCCUCCUUCCUCCUCCUCUUCCUCCUCCUCCUCCUCCCUCCUCGUCGUCCCUCAUCAUCCCUUCUCUCGCCUGCGUUCUCCCUCCUCCCGUGUCCCUCCUCGGGGGAGGUGUCAGCGCAACGCGAGAGUACGUCGGCUCAAGGUCCCAAAGCCUGACGCUGCGCUGCAACAAAGAAACGGUCGUUCAUCGCCUGCCAAGUCUGGGGGAUGCCAGCCGCACCAUCCGCCAAGUUCGCGCUGGUGCUGCUGCUGCUUCUGGGCGGCUGCCCCCCUUGCGCCAGAGCUGCCAAACCCGUGGGUUUCGUGGGCGCCCGCGACUGGAGCGCGGGGCAUCCAGGGCAGCGGCCGAGGCUCCUGAGGUACGAGGGCUCGUUCCAGGAGGACUUCUCGGACGAUCUGCCAGAUGGCAAGCGCGUCGUGAAGAGUAGCGACGUCCAGAAAGUGACGAACGCCGUGGUUCUCGACAAGCACCAUCUGACCGCUCUCGCUGCACAGGCAAACCAGACCUACAACACCGGGCUGGGGUUGGAGGAGAGGUCCUCGUGCACUACAAGCAGAUGCUCGAGACUGGCGCCACCGCUGGUGAGUUGGCGGGUGGCCUGAAGGCCAUCCAGGAGACCAUCGCAGCGCGUGGAAGGACGCGGUGGUGCAAAGCAGGGGCGCGAUCGAGAAUUUCAAGGCAGCCAGGGACGGCCUGGAGGACGCGAUCAAGGUCUACGGCGACACCCUCGAGUCGCGGUGAGACCCUUCGCCAACGUGAGCGGCCCGCGCCCCGCCCCGCGCGAGGACGGCGGCCCGCGCCCCGCGCAGCCCGAGCCCGGCCAGGCCAGAACGGAGGCCGGCCACGCGCACAGGGGGGGGGGCAGAGGGGAAGGUCCCCCCUCCCCCUCGAGUCCAGAAAAAAUCGCGACGGGGUCGCCGCCGCUGCGGCGCCCGAGGCUGCCGCCGCGCGGCGAGGCGCCUGCUCGAGGGCGG